AUGGAGAUCGUCGAACCUCUGCCGCUGCUGCAUUUGCCCCCAUCGGCCGCAGAAUUAAAAGUGAUUGAGGAGGCGGAAGAUAUAUGCCUUCAAGUUAAGUCACUAGAGUGA